AUGGUGAACAAACUAGGCCCUUCUCAGCCUUCCCGGCGAGUUGACGGUGGUUAUGCUUACGAUACCGAAUGUGACAAACUCAAAACCGUUGACAAUCGACCGAUCGAGCUCUCCCUUCUCUGCACAUGUCGCACCAUUGCGUGCGAAGCCAGGCAUCUUCCCUUCUCGCUCAACGCAAUCGAAUUCAGGACUCUUUACCGACCCGAUUCAAAAAAUCUGGCGGGAUGCUUCAAUCUUGUUACUACCACCUACCAAAUUCUAGAAUCUGAAUUGGUGCUGCUUCUAGCGACCGCAGGUGCAUUAACUUCAGAGAUACGUAAUCAGCUCGCCUCGGAAUUUCCAGACUUCGGUUCCCGACUUGCUCGUUCUCUUCCACCCUACGAGAAUAACCAUCGAUUCUGCACCCGGAAUCCGAGAAACGUUGGGGGUAGGAUACGCGAUCGAUACACCGCGCGCUUACCGGCCCCUGACCCAAGUGUCAGUUCUCUCCUACAACUGAGGUCUACACUAUGCCACCAAACACAAGAUGCUCUUGCUACGAAUGCCAGCGUUUUGUACCUAUCGUCCGGCUUUUACCGCGGCUUUUCUAGAAUAAAUCGCCCUUAUUCUAAUGACUAUCCUUUUUGGUCUCAUAGCUUCUGGAAGGCGGAAAAGGCCUUGUCAUCCGCUUUGAAGCUUUUAGCCACGCAAAAGUCCACCGAGUUCGACCGCCAAAUUUGCACAAACUUCCCACAAUGGGUGGGGAGCUAUCCCCCGAACGAAUUUCUCAACUUGCGGUUUGAUCACUGGGCAAUCCCUUCACCAUCCAAAGUCAAACACGCAAUGGAUCUUUUGGCAAUUGGUAAUGUCUGGCACUUGCCUGGGAUGUGGUAUGACCGGGAUGUAAGGUCUAGAAUUACCCAAUGGUUACUGGAUGCACUCGCCGUGACAGACAUUAGCAUUCCCGCUGAGGCUUUCACAUUGGUUCUACAGGCAGGCUCUUACAGAGAUCUCUUCACGGAUCUGUUCCAGCAACACAUUCACAACGAGAUUGCUUGGCAUCGAGCUUUUAAAGUGCAGAACCCGGACAUCGAUAUUGAUGGCCCAGUGAACUGGAGAUACAGUUUCAUUCAAAGUGUUAUCAUGGACACGCAAGAGGCUGUUGCACUUGAGGCCCUGACGAACGGAACCUCGCCGAUCUUACGCAGCAAUUUUAAUACCGGCGUUGCACAUGAAAUUGAUACUAUAAUCAAUAACACGAGCCACCUUGGACCGCACGAGUGGUUGAAAGCAUGGAAUGCUGCUAAAACGGACCUUGAACAAGCGAUACACCGAGUUGACUACAACACCAGGGUAUCUGACAAUUUCGAGAUCCGGACAACUUGA